GGGAAGGUCUAUUUACGUUCAAGAUUCAACAUCCGAUGCCUGAGGGGUCUUGCUGGAUUUCUAUUAGAUUGAUUGUAAUCUGAUAGAAAUUCAGCAUUUUAGGCCUUCUGAGCAGCAGGUUUUUUGUAUUAGGUAUAGCUUCCAUUUUGAUAUUGAAGCUAGACUUGGUGCUGAGGAUCUGACAUUUGCUGUUAGUUGUUGGUACAAUAAAUCCAAGAACAUGGAUCAAUUCUGUCAGAUUGGGGAGGUUGUGGGGAGCAUGAAGGCCUUAAUGGUGUUGAAGCACGACAUCAUAAUAAACACGAGGCAAUGUUCCUUUCUCUUCGACAUCUAUGUUCAAGCAUUCAACAAAAUCUCUGAUGAAAUCAAACAACACUUAAGAUUAGAUGAGAGGGGCACAAAGUGGAAACCGCUCGAGCGUCCAAUGAGAGAGCUAUACAGGACUUUCAAGGAAGGUGAGUCGUAUAUAAAGAACUGCAUUGACAUCAAGAACCAGCUGGGGAAGGCUAUUAGUCUCUAUUCAAAUAGAGAUUGCGUCGAGCUUCACAUUCACAACUUGCUCUCCUGUUAUGUGGUGGUAAUCGAGGCAAUUGAAGCAGCUGCAGAAAUCUCAGGUGGGCUCCAUGAAGAAGAUGUGCAGAAGAGGAGACUUGCACUAAUGAACAAGUAUGACACUGCCAAGUGCAAUGACCCAAUGCUUUUCCAAUGGAAGUAUGGGGACCAGUAUUUAGUAUCCCGAGAGAUAUGCAGCCGGUUGGAGUGCAUUUGGAAAGAAGACAGAUGGCUGCUUCUUGAGAUGUUGAGAAAGAACCAGAGCAAUAAGCUUGUGGAGAAACUGAUCAUGAAGUUAAGCGGAGGAUUAGAGACUGGUAUUAUGCAAUUACCAACUUCCCUAUUGUUGGAAGCAAGCGAUUAUCACGUGAAACGACGGAUAGGAUCGGGCGGGAGCCAUCUUAAGGAAAUCCAAUGGCUAGGAGAGAGUUUCGCGCUGAGGACGUUUUACGGAGACAUUGAAUUUCUGAGACCAGAAAUCGCUAUGGCUAUGUCAAUGUCUCACCCGAACGUGCUGCAAUACCAUUGUGGAUUCUAUGAUGAAUCAAGGAAAGAGGGGUUUCUUGUGAUGGACUUGAUGAGCAAGAGUUUGGACAUUUUCAUGAAGGAGAAUUCCGGGCAAAGGAGGAGAAUGUCCUUUUCUAUCCCGAUUGCAGUUGACAUUAUGCUUCAGGUUGCAAGAGGGAUGGAGUACUUACAUUCAAGAAGCCUUUUCCAUGGUGAGUUGAAUCCAUCAAAUAUUCUUCUCAAACCAACAACCAUCUCCGCCUCCUCAUCAUUGGAGAGUUAUUACUUCCAUGUAAAGCUAGCUGGCUUUGGUUUAUCCCUUCUGAAAAGUCAGUAUACUCACAGAAGCUGCCCGAGGGUAAGUGGAGUUGAUCCGGUGGUUUGGUAUGCACCAGAAGUUAUGGCUGAGCUAAGCAGCGGCAACAGCAAAGGCAACGCGAAAUACUCGGAGAAAGCUGAUGUGUACAGCUUUGGUAUGCUGUGUUUCCAUAUUCUGACAGGGAAAGCUCCAUUUGAGGAUGGGGUAGGCAGUGGGGAGAUAGUGCGGCCUCUUCAAGGAGAUAAAAUGGUACACAGUUUGAUGGCUGGGGAGCGGCCGCUCUUCCCACACCCAUUCCCUAAAUAUCUCAUGAACUUGAUCAGGAAAUGCUGGCAAACCAGCCCCAACACACGCCCUUGUUUUUCUUCCAUUUGCAGGAUUUUACGAUACAUGAAGAAGGUCCUCGUUAUAAAUCCUGAGCAUGGUCAGCCUGGUUGUCCUCCUCCUCUUGUUGAUUACUGUGACAUUGAAGCUGGCUACUCCAAUAAGUUUGCUGCCAUGGAUGGCAUCACAGAAUCUUUUCCUUCUGUAUGUGAAAUACCAUUUCAGAUGUUUGCUUAUAAGCUUGUUGAGAAGGAGAAAACUUCAAGAAAUGGUGUCUUUCCAUUCACGCCUCAAGGGAUGCCUGAUGAAGAAGAUGAUCUCCAUGUCAUCAUGCAAAAUAAUGGUGGAACUCGUCACAGAAGAUUGGCUUGCUCGGAAGUUAUGGACAGGAAUGAUCUGGGAAUUUUUUCUGAUCAAAGAUCUGUUGUCUCAGAGAUCCCACACUCAAAGUGCUUAUCUUCAGCUGAUCACAUUUCACUUCUAUCUGAUGAAACUACCUCAGCUUUUGCAGAUACUCCUGACUGGAGGCUACUAUCUGGGAUGCCGAAUGAUCAUCCAAGUCCGCCUUUCGUUGAGACACGACGAAGGAAAAGCCAUCAUUCGAUAUCCACAACAAGCAGCAAUGAGACUAAGUCGGAGAGAGGAAUGUCAUCAAAAACAAAAAUCCAGUGGUUGGCAAAUGAUGUUUCUGGAUCUACAGGGAAGAAGGAUUUAACAGCUGAGGUUGCGAGAAAGAAGAACUGUUUGACCACUAUUGACCCAAAACCUGCAUCAGAUCCUGAUGAUCAUGAGGCAACAGAAAAGAUAUCAUCAGCAGAAGCUGGGCAUAAACCAAAAUGUUAUGGAGAGAAUCCGAAACGAACAACAGGCGUUACGACGACGCCAUUUCGUUCUGAAUCGACAAGAAAGAAAUUCUUAAGCAAUAUGAAAACCAAAUUUAGAUUAACCAAAAUCCCAGAAAAGAAAAUGCUCAGCUCAAUAAACCAUUCCUCAUUUAAUCCCGAGAAUCCACAAAAAGCAACCACUCUAAAGCCAAGCAAAUCGAAGCUCACACUAAAAAAUGGUAUAUUUAACAAUAGUUUGAAAAGCAAGCAAAAUGAAGCAGGCACGUCAAAUUGUCAAUCACCAGGAGCGUCACCUGCAAGGGUGAUAAGAACAAAUUCCUUGGGAAGAUUAUUUCAAUCCACA